UGCUUAUAAAUUAGCCCAUGAGAACUUAAGUUUUUGUUCGAGAUUAAUGGUCGUGAGGUGGUCAGUUGCAGACCGAGUUAAGUUCUCGGGAGUAAUCGACAGAGCAAGAUAAUCUAAGUCUAGAAGCAAUGAGCCAUAAACCCCUCUCAGUUGGUCCAUGGGGAGGUAAUGGUGGAACUCAAUGGGACGAUGGAGCUUACUCAGGUGUUAGGCAGAUAAUAGUGGUCCAUGCAGAUGCUAUAGAUUCUAUCAAGAUCGAGUAUGACAGAGAUGGUACUGCUGUUUGGUCUGACAGGCAUGGUGGAAAUGGAGGAAGAAAUACUGAUAAGAUUCAACUGGAUUAUCCCAAAGAAAUACUCACUUCAAUGAGUGGGCAUUAUGGUCCCAUAUCACAAGGAUCUCCAUCUGUGAUAAGGUCACUGACAUUUGAGAGCAACUUUAAGAAAUAUGGACCGUAUGGAGUGCAACAAGGAGCUUACUUUUCCUUCCCAAUGAAUGGAGGCAAGAUAAUAGGAUUUCAUGGUCAGAGUGGUUGGUAUCUUGAUUCAAUUGGAGUUUAUCUUUCCCAUUUACAUCCCUUAAUAGAUGAUAUGUCACCUGACCUAUCCAUUGUCCCUGCAACCUCAAUGCUUACACCCUCUGACAGUAUGAGAUCAUUAGAUGCAAACCAAAACAAAACAUAUAACAUACUUUUUGCACUUGGAGAUAGCACGGAUAAUGUAAAGCUUCAUUGCUCCAGGUUGGGUAGCAUGUCUCCAGAAUCUUUCAACAGUGCCACACCUUCCUUCAAUGACAGAGGAUUUCAAAAAAGUUUGAGCUCAAAGUUAUUACCAAUAUACAGUAGCGUAGAGAAAAACAGUGCAGUAGGAUCACCAGUCGUGUAUGGGCCAUGGGGUGGUAAUGGUGGGAGUGUCUUCGAUGAUGGGAUUUACACUGGUGUUAGACAGAUUGUUCUAACUCGAGGGGCAGGUAUUGCUUCUAUAAAGGUUGAGUAUGACAGAAAUGGUCACUCCAUAUGGGGAAACAGACAUGGAGGAAAUUCAACUGGCAUCAAAACUGAUAAGGUGGUAUUUGAUUACCCCUUUGAGAUAUUGACCCACAUUACUGGUUACUUUGGCACUGUUCUGCUAAUGGGCCCAACUGUCAUAAAAUCUCUAACAUUUCACACAACUCGUGGAAAGCAUGGACCCUAUGGAGAAGAGCAAGGAACUUUCUUCAACUCAAAGCUUGCAGAAGGAAUGAUAGUUGGGUUCCAUGGAAGGAAAGGAUGGGCAGUAGAUGCAAUUGGGGUGCAUGUCCUUGAAGGCCAGGUUGCUGAUAGGCUGUAUCCAGCUGGGAAGCCAUUUAUCUUGGAUGAUUUUGAUAAUUUAUCAUCCCCAUCUUCUAAUGGGGAGACUGAUGGUUCCCAAUGGUCAAAUAAAAUGAUUCCAGUUGGUGGACCUCGAUUUGAACAGGUGCUUCAUGGAGUGGUAAGAGAGUCAGUUCCUCUAGGACCAGGUCCAUGGGGAGGAGAUGGAGGAAAACCAUGGGAUGAUGGCGUAUUUUCUGGCAUAAGACAGAUUAUAAUCUUCAGAGAAGAGGUUAUAAAUUCAAUACAAGUUGAAUAUGACAGAAACGGGCAAUCUGUUUGGUCCACGCGCCAUGGAGGCAGUGGAGGAGAGACAACUAAUAGAAUAAAAUUUGAUUACCCAAAUGAGGUUCUGACAUGUGUGAGUGGAUAUUACAGUUGCUUCAGGCAAGAAGGAGAUCCCAAAGUUAUAAAAUCUUUAACAUUUUACUCUAGCAGGGGGAAAUAUGGGCCUUUUGGAGAGGAAUUUGGUAAAUUCUUUACGUCUGCACAGACAGGAGGGAAGAUAGUUGGGUUCCAUGGAAAGAGUGGACUGUAUUUGGAUGCCAUUGGAGUUCAUAUGCAGCACUGGUUGGGUAAUGAACAAAAGUCUACCAAAAACAAAAUUAGUAGAUUUUUUAGUUCUACCAAACCUAAUGGAAACAAAUAAAGGAGGUUCUAUGUUUGUGGGUAACACUCUUUGCUAAAAGUUUAUUUUGGUUGGGAAUUUGCCUAUAUUUUCUAGAUCACGGAAAGAGUACAGAUUCUGUUUUUAUAUUAAAUUGAGUUACUAUACAUUCAUUUAUAUUUAUUUUUUGAUAUAUUAUUAAACUGAGUGCUGAUUAUGAUGAUUAGCAUAUA